AGCCGCACAAAGCGUACACAACCAGUCAACAUGCUGCAAACCGUACCCCGAACGAACUCCGUACUGACUGACGACUAAAUUUCUUAGAUUUUAAUCAUAAAAAUUGUCAAUGGUAAAUUAAUGAUCAAAGAGAGAUGGCUACGGGAGAAAGGUCCCGUGGAAUAAAGGUGCAUUCUCCAGGACUUCACGAGGCUCUGGUGGCUGAUGUUAAACCGACAGAACGCGUAAGAUCAUCGCCCGGCAGGCGAGAUUCCAGACGAAAGCUUCCUGAGACCAAGCGACCAUGGUCAACACCAGCGAUCAGCCGGUCAAGCACUACGCUAUCAGCUAACAGCAGUCGGUCAUCAAUUGACCAGAGUGCCAAGAUACAGAACUGGCUGUGCCAGAAAUCUAUACGUGGGGUUCAGGAACGGGCCGACCCUGAAUCUAAAGAAACCAAAAAAUUGUACAUGGCAGUCCUAGACAGAGAAAACACAUUCGUCAGGGAUGUUGAUAAUUUCUUGACGGAGAAAUCCUUCCUGGACCUACGUAAGAAGGAGAUGCUGUAUAAGAAGUGGAAUGAACGCAUCUUUGCUCCUCUCCAAGAGCAGAUCUACCGGGAAAUGAAAGGAAACUACGCAGCGGUGGACAAGAGAAAGAGGGUGCUUUUCCUUGAGUAUCUACGACACAGAAAUAAAAAGGGCUUUGUUUCUCUAGACAUCUAUGAUCCCAUAGAGUACGACCCUCUGAAGUUAGUCGUCCCUCGUCCAGCCCCCAUCGUAGCACAGACUGAUACACUGGAUGAUCCCCUCAUAGCCCAACAACGCAAUAGGAAUGAUGAAGAUAGAACCAUCAUCAGAUGUAGAACAGGGAGAACCCUUUCUGAUUCAGCCGUUGAGGUCCAGCGCUUGCCACCCUUACCCCUCGUGCCUCUUGGUCGGCACGGAACCGAAUGCCGUACCUGGCUUGCCAUGCCUCUACAUGACAUUGAGAGUCCAGUCAGAAUGAGCAGCAGGCGACGCAUGAAAGGUGUUUUCAACGACUCCCACUUUGACUUUGAGGAGUGGUCCAAGUUGACCUUUGACCCGACCAUCGUGGACGAGGAGAUGAAAUGCCAGAAGAAGAGAGUGUACACCAGCCAACAACCCACCAUGGUUUCUUCAUAGACAUAACUGGUAUUCAUCACAAGGUCAAAGGUCGUAAUAUCUGGUCACCUCAUAACAUGGUUAUUACUGAGGAGCCACUUUUGGAUUACAAACCUCAGGCAAAAUUUGUUUUAAGCUAUUCAUUUAGCAUCACUAUGAAAAUAUCAACUUGGCAUUAAAGAGGUUUACAGAACUGUAUUAUUUAGAGUCCUUGCCGUGAUCUCAAUUACAUUUUGCAAACUCUGCACACGUUGGAUGUGAAGCGUGUGGUGUAGUGUGGCUGAAAUGUAUGGAGACUGAUUUACGCACGUUGAGGUUUGAAAUUCGUGGGAUUAUCUAGAUUAUCAAUUCACAAGUGACAACAUUCCAAACAGAGCAGGGAGUACCAGGAUUUGUUACUAAUUCCUUACCAAGUUUUGUAUUAUUUGUCUUUUACUCUCGUCUCAUUUUUUAAAACCUUUUUUCGCAAUGAAAUUCAUCUUUUGAAUAUGUGGCCCCACAGAUCCUAGAUUUUGCCUGGUCCACAUACAAGUGAGAAGCACGCAAUUUGUUGUGUGUCUGCAUCCACAAACACCUGUUUUGGGUUUUAAAACCAUAAUGUUAUGUUUCCUCAUUUUACAAAGUUUUUAUUAUUUUUUCAACUGUGCUAAGUUUCAACUCUUGUUUCUGUUUUUACGUAUUUGCUUGUUGUGGGCUGAAUCUGCUGCUUGACUUUAUGCAAUUGCUGUUUUUUCCUAUAAAGAUAUAUUUCAUGAAAUGUCUGUGCAUAUCGAACAAAAAAGUGUGAGCCUUUUUGCAAGGUUGAUUUUUGAUUUGCAAAUGUUUUGAUGUCAUGAAUCAGCCCUCUGAAUACAUUCCGCUUCUGACUUUCAUAUUGGUGGACUUGGGUUCUACUUUGAAGUAUUUUACAUUUGUGGAUGAAGAGGAAUUUAAGAUUUUUUUUUUUUAUAUUCUAAAGUUAUUAUAUUUUGUAAAGUAGUGAACCAUUGCAUUGAUUUUGCUAAUAUGGUGAUGGGUGUGGGGUUUCGAUUGUUGUAUUUUAAAGCAAACUUUGGUGUGUAGUUCUGCUCCAAGCUUCAGCUGAGGUGAAAAAUGUCAUCUUUAAAACAGAAAUACCUGCCUCUCAAUUUGCUUCAAGAUGAUGUUGCCUCAACCAGGUAGUUUGAGCAACAGCUCUGGAUAAACACUGCAAUGUUCGAGUGCUCAGAAAAAGUCUGAUUAACCUGUCUCGUUUUGAACAUUGAGGGCGCUACAGCAUUCUGUCUGAUGAGAGACUAGCCAUCAUGCCUUCUACUUACACAUCUUGCUAUGCAAAAAACACAUACUUGGAAAAAAGUUGCUCAGUAGAAGCACUAUGAGUUGCAGGUUUCUGGGACAAAAUCUUUUAUGAAAGCCUCAUUUUGAAAAGCAGAACUACAGACUUAAAGUUAUUAGCAACAGGAAUGUAUAAAGAAGCACAUGAACAAAAGACAGCAAUCUAUGCACAAUCUUGGUAAAUUCUUCAAGUUGAUAAUGUACACUAACAUUUGGAGCGUUGCACAAUAUUUCCUAUGCACUAUUUUUAUUACACAGUGAACAAAUUUGUAAAAAAUGACUCGGGCUUUUACGGAUUUUAUUGGAGACAAAAGAACAAAAGUUAAGGUCAAAACAAUAUGUAAAAUAUGUAAAAACUAAUGAAAUGGAAGGUUCAAGGGAAUAACUUACUUUUAAAAAUACUUCGCAUGAUAGUUUCUUUACAAACGUUCGGGCUCGAUAAGUGAGACGAUAAAACAUGUAAUUAAAAGUGAAAUAAAGAUUAUGAAUUGCA